AUGGGGCCAGCGAAGGUCCUCCGCCUACACGUGUUCUGCAUCGUCUUUGUAUCGUGGAGUUUCUUUCUUUGCUCUGGGUCAGAGUCGGUGUCUGUGUCGAGCCGCAUUCCACAGCAGGUAGAAUCUUGGGGCCCCAAUUCUCCUGAGGUCACUCCACACUCGUGGGAGAGCGACAAUGAGGUCGCGCUCUCCCAAUCUGCUGUGCCGGAUGAUUUGAAUCAGACGCAGGGGUCUUCCGGCAACAGUCGAAGACACCGAGAGCAGAAACACAUGCUAGGCAAAAGAAAAAGAGAUAAUGGAGUUAGCACUGACGUCGCAGACGCAGAUGACGGCGCCGCCCCUUCAUUCCCCAACGAAACAGUUGGUGACACCUCUGGGGCACCUGAAGACACACCAGCGCUUCGUAUGACAGGAAAUCCAGACUCUGCAAACGAUUCCAGCAGAGGAGAUGAGGACGAUCCACUCGAGCCAGCCAAGAAACGCGAUCUUGUUCCUGACACCGCAACGGAACCUAGGGAGGGCGGUUCCAUGGUAGAAGUGGAAAAGGCACAGACGGCUGGAACCGCAUCAGGAAAUGCCGAAGAGGCUUUGAAUGUCACAAGUGUUCCUGCAGAUGCCAUGGCUCACCAAGAGCCGAGCGAAGAGCAAGAACCGCACCGGGAGCGCUCUGAACAGGGAAAUGAAAGUCAACAAUCCACCGCCUUAAACACUCCAUCGGGAGACCCCGCGGCUUCAGGAGCGCAGACGCCUGAUUCACCGGCAGCCCCAGAACACACAACUGAGCAGACCACUGAAGUGAAAGAACCGGCGACCGGAACAGAUGUUUCCUCUGGGGUGGCGUCUGAUACAGUCGAGGCACCCGAAUCCCAUUCCGCGUCGACCGUGACAGGGACCGUCGGAGCCGAAGAAGUGUUUCCGCUGGAAAACGCGGCAGCAAAAGAAGGGGUGGAACCAAACGCUGAACUAGGGGCGAUAGACAUCGAGGGUUCCAAGCGCACAGAGUCGGAGUCCAAACCUCCUGUCGUCAGUACUGAACGCGCCUUCGCGGAAUCAGAUGCGAAACCCAAAGUCGAGCCAUCUGUCGAAGAGGCGGAACAUACAUAUGUUCCGCCAUCUCACUUUGCGGAAGGGGCGCAUGCGUACAUGGAGCCUGCUGAGAAGCAGGAGACGGCCACCGCCGCGGUCACGAAAGACGGCGUCUCGGAGCAGGGGCUGGGCAUGCCCGCUGAUAUCAAGGAAGGAAACAGCGCAGGCCGGGCCGCCAUGCAGGGAGAAAGCAUGACGCCUGAGGAGAACGCGGGAGAGGUGGCGGCAGAAACUGUUGAGACUCUGAAUGAAGUGACUGUCCAGCAGCCCCGCGAGCACCGCCCUCCAGCGGAGCACGAAAGUGCCGAGACCGCCCAUGACCAGCUUUUCACCGAGAGCGAAAAGGACAGACCAGAACUGAAGCUGCAGAACGAAGGAGAUCCCGUAGCGAAGGUGGGUCAGGCGCUGCUCUCUCCGGACGACGCUGAAGCAAGAGAGGCGGAGACCUCAGAAAUCGAUUCCAUGCAUGUUGGGGUGGGCACCAGCUCCAGUGCAGACACGAGUCGCUCAGGCAGUGAGACGGAUGCCGCAGAAGAAACCCAGCACCACCCGUCCGAAGCCGACGUCGAACCCGCGCCCACAUCUCCGGCGGCAACGGAGGAGUCCGGCCGCCAGAAGGUGGAAAAUGGCUCCGUUGAGCAAAAUGAAAACUUCCACGCCAACAGGGCUGAUGUCAGCGUCCAGAUGCAAGGUCCUCAGCCUCUGGUAGGAGAGGAGUCACGCGCUUCUGUUCUUGAUGACUCUGCGCACGACGCCGGGUCGAACCCCCAGCUCCAGGGGGCACCGAUGAGCCAAGGUCGCGAAGCAGACUCGGAGGCGUCAGAGCCCCAGGUGUUGGCGGACUCGCCCCUUUCCGGUCCUCUGGUAGAUGCGUUCCCCCCCACGGAAGUGCAUCCUCUUUUGCCAAAUCAACCUGCAAUCGGCGAGCAACCUCCCGCGUGGGAUGGCGUUGACGACGCAGCAGGACCGCCUCCUCACGCCACAGAGCCUGAAGAACGGCCAGAAAACGAAGAAGACGCCAGCGCGAGGCAGCAAGUGUCCCGCGCGGACGCGGCGCCUGACGUGGACGACGAGCCUCCUCUUUCUGUCUGGGACCCUGUCAGCGUUGGUCAGACCGACGCAGACGAGGCCUCGAUUCUUUUCGAACAAGAGUUCGCCUCCGGCGACCACUACGAUGCGUUGCUCCCCUCGUACCUCCACCCUUCUCAUGAGCAGUUUGAAGCAGGUCACCGUGCCGAUGAGGCGACUUUCUAUUCGUUCGACGGGGAUGCUCCAGCCACCGCUGGUGAUGACGGAGAGGCACGGGUGUCUGCGUGGCACCCCGGCAAAGAGUCUCGCUUUCACCAUCGGGUGUCUCGUCCUGCCUCUUUCAACUUCCGCGGGCGGCCACUGGCCUCACCAGGGAAAAAGACAAACGAAGCUGUGCCCGCCCAUUAUCUGGAGGUCCCCACAGUGAGCCAGUGGGUGGAACCCGCUUUCGCCCCUUCGGCAGUCGAAUCUUUGCACGGCCAGUUCGAAGACCGGCACCCCGACAAAGCCUUCCACUCUCUCGCGCAAAACCAUUUUGAUGACGACGACCACGUGCUUGUCGGUCUCCAGUCGGCAGCAACGCAAGCUGCCAACGCGGACACGGAAGACGACUCGAAUGUCUCGUCGCCCCUUCGACGAGCAGAACCCGCCGACGCCACCGACAACGACGACGCUGAGGCAUCUCCCGAGGCGGCUCAGCGGACUUCCUCACCGUCCGCAGCGCCGGCCGUUUCCGCGCCCUCUAGUCAUUCAACCAGCACUGAAAACCCAACGAUGACAGAGCCUGGGAGAGAGAGUGGUGAUUCGUCGUCUCCUGAAGAAGCACAAAUGCUUCUUCCGGGACCUCCCGCCUCUAAACUGGACCUCACUACAGCUCCCGCCGAGGAAACCACCGGAGGCGUGACACCUUCAGAGGCGCGGGAAAGCGAACCGAGCCACGCUCAAGCGGGGCGCGCAGCAGACCUUCUGUCUGCAGCCGCCGACGAGGAUACUGUCUCCGCUUCCGCACCGUCUUCGCUUGCACCAGCCCUUGUGUCUGCCUCUUCCGAUGCCCCCGAGGUCGCAGCCACCGCCGCCGCCGGCGGCUCCUCCAACUCACUCGCAGACCCCCGCGAGGGGAGAUGCACGCGCGAAGAGCUCGAGGCGCUGACGCAGCACUUUUCGGGUCAGGCAGAGACAUGCAGCGCGUACCGUUGCAUCGAGACUGAAGGCCGUGAGUUUCGAGAGCGUCUCAAGGAGCACUACGGAUCUAUCUACGACGAGGGGCAGCUGGACGAACUGGCUGGACUGUUUGCUGCGUGCUACUGCCGCUGCCCGAUGAUGAAAUGCGAAGUUGACUAUGUCAUGGACACUGGUUCUGACUCGUGUAAGGAGGCGACCGUGGAGUACUGCGAGCAGUCAAACGAAAAAUUCGUCGACAGAUGCACGUCCGCAGCAGAGCAACUGCCCCUCGUCUACGACCUAAGCACCGACCCGGGGAGCUUCAAACUCCCAUGCAGGGUGUGCAGGCGUGAGGGCCUUGGUCAAUUGAGGCCAGACGAGUCGUCCACGACGCCCUCUUCCGUCCCCUCCGCGACCCCGUCUUCGCAGCAGCAGACGCCUCCUCACACAGGACUGCAUGCGGGCGAGGCGACACAGGGGGGCAGCUCUACAACCGGUGAAGCAAUCCUCCCGACGCCGUCAGUACCGGGGGGAGCUUCAGGCAGCGCUUCUCAGGCGCCGACUGAUUCCUCAGGAUUAGCUGGAAGCGAAGUGAGCGGCGGACACGACCGGGAUGGCUCGAGCGACUCAGGCGCAUCUUCAAGCUGGCAACGCCAGAUUCCGCCGAGCGCAGAGCCCCCCACACUCUUUCCUCCUACGGGGCCGCAUCCCUCGGCCUCCUUUGGCAGAGGCGACGACGAAGAAAGCUACCCGGGAGGCCCUUCUCCCGCCGUCUCCACUAUGCCUUCGUCGCAGGGCGGAGGUGAGGGCGCCUCUGAGGACCUGUCUCCUCCUCUGUUGGAAGGGGACACUGGAGCCAGUGGCGCCGCGCAAGGGCCUGAGCAAGUCGUCUCUCCCCCGGGAUCACACCAGCUUUCCACUUCGGUGACGUCCUCUAGCACUGUGCGAGUAACGGCACCUGAAAGUCUGUCAACCGCGGAAGAUGGACCGGAAGCGGACGAGGCAGACGAAGUGGCAGAUGGGGGAGCUGUGAGCGUGUUUUCGAGCUCGCUGUCGGCCUACGGGGGCGCUCUAUUCGCCGUGCUUAUCGCGAGUACUGCGUGA